CUAAAAUCAAGAAUUACAAAGUUAGAAGAAAAAAUCAACUUUAUGGAAAGGGAUAAAAGAAAAAAUAAUUUAGUAUUUUUUGGUAUAAAAGAGGAAGGACAAAGUGAAACUGAAUUAGUGGAUCAAUUAAAAGAAACAGUAGUAGAUAUGGGGAUACAUUUGGAAAGCCAAGAGAUAGCAAAUUUAUAUAGAAUUGGUCGCCCUUCAAACAAAAAUCGACCAGUAGUGGUGUCCUUUACAACAAAAUGGAAAAAACACCUUGUGCAACAAAACAAGACUAACCUUCCGCAAGGCAUCUAUCUUAAAGAAGACUAUUCUAGAGAGGUACUCGUGACCAGAAAGGAACUUCAACCGAAACUGGAGGAGGAAAGAAAGAAGGGAAACAUAGCUUACUUAAAGUACGACAAGCUGAUAGUAAAGAAAGCAAAUGAAAAUAAUCGUGAGAAGAGGAAAAGAGAUAAAUCAGAAUCACCAGUUACAAAAAAUUACACCAAGAAGCAGCUGACUAACAGCAGUCCAAACUCAACCAUCAUGUCAUCUGUAAAUGUUGCAAAAGAAAUACUAAAACCAAAUAUACUAAAUUAUAUGGCACGUGGAAGAUCUUAUUCCUUAUCAGAAUCAUCAAAAAACUAA